CUCCGCUGUGGACUGGAACCUCCCGGCCCGGCGGACUGUCUGGAGCACGGACGCUGCAGCCGGCUAGGCCGGUGCCCUUCCCCGCUCUGGAAAGGAAGAGAAAUGGAAGUGAAAAAGUUGGGCAUUUCCUGGCAAUUCUUGAUAGUUCUGGUUCUAAUCCUGCAAAUUCUGUCUGCGUUGGAUUUUGACCCAUACAGAGUCCUAGGGGUCAGCCGGACAGCCAGUCAGGCUGAUAUUAAAAAGGCUUAUAAGAAGCUCGCCCGGGAAUGGCAUCCUGACAAAAACAAAGAUCCUGGAGCCGAAGACAAGUUCAUUCAAAUUAGUAAGGCUUAUGAGAUCCUUUCCAAUGAGGAAAAGAGAUCAAACUAUGACCACUAUGGGGAUGCUGGGGAGAACCAGGGCUACCAGAAGCAGCAGCGAGAGUAUCGCUUCCGCCAUUUCCAUGAGAAUUUUUAUUUUGAUGAGUCGUUUUUUCACUUCCCUUUCAACUCUGAGCGGCGGGACUCCGUCGAUGAAAAGUAUUUAUUGCACUUUUCACAUUACGUGAACGAAGUGGUGCCAGAUAGCUUCAAGAAGCCCUACCUCAUAAAGAUCACCUCAGACUGGUGCUUCAGCUGUAUCCAUAUCGAGCCCGUGUGGAAAGAAGUCGCUCAAGAACUGGAAGACAUAGGUGUAGGAAUUGGCGUGGUCCACGCUGGGUAUGAGAGACGCCUCGCCCACCACCUGGGAGCGCACAGCACACCCUCCAUCCUCGGAGUUAUAAAUGGAAAAAUCUCCUUCUUCCAUAAUGCAGUUGUCCGGGAGAACCUACGGCAGUUUGUAGAAAGCCUUCUUCCGGGGAGCUUGGUGGAGGAGGUGACCAAUAAAAAUUAUGUCCGAUUCCUCUCUGGCUGGCAGCAAGAGAAUAAGCCUCGCGUCCUUCUGUUUGACCAAAUGCCUGUGGUGCCACUGCUCUACAAGUUGACUGCUUUUGCAUACAAAGACUAUUUGUCAUUUGGCUAUGUCAAUGUUGGUUUGAGAGGGGCCGAGGAGAUGACAAGGCAGUACAACGUCAAUGUCUACACCCCCACCAUGUUGAUCUUCAAGGAGCACAUCAACAAGCCUGCCGACGUAAUCCAGGUGUCUAUCUUGGAAAGGCGUAACACCGCGGGAAGGGUUGUCUACAAGACCCUGGAAGGCCCCUGGACUGGCAGUGAGAGCGACAAAUUCACCCUUCUGGGUUAUCUCGACCAGCUGCGCAAAGACCCGGCUCUGCUGUCUUCUGAAGCGGUGCUUCCCGACCUGACCGAUGAACUGGCCCCUGUGUUUCUACUUCGGUGGCUCUACUCAGCCUCUGACUACAUCUCAGACUGCUGGGAUAGCAUCUUACACAACAACUGGCGGGAAAUGAUGCCCCUCCUGUCCCUGAUCUUCUCAGCCCUCUUCAUCCUCUUCGGCACUGUCAUCAUGCAGGCGUUCAGUGACUCCAACGAUGAGAGAGAGUCAAGCCCUCCGGAGAAAGAGGAAUCCCAUAAGAAGUCUGGGAAGACUGAACCAGCCUUCAGCAAAGACAACAGCAGCAAGGUCCCUAAAAAAGGCUUUGUGGAGGUGACGGAACUCACCCAUGUGACCUACACCAGUAACCUGGUCCGCCUGAGGCCCGGCCACAUGAACGUCGUCCUCAUCCUCUCCAGUUCCACCAAGACCAGCCUGCUGCAGAAGUUCGCCUUGGAGGUGUACACGUUCACUGGGAGCAGCUGCCUCCACUUCUCCUUCCUGAGUCUGGACAAGCACAGGGAGUGGCUGGAGUACUUACUGGAAUUCGCUCAGGAUGCAGCCCCGAUCCCCAAUCAGUACGAUAAGCAUUUCAUGGAUCGUGACUACACGGGAUACGUGCUGGCUCUGAACGGCCACAAGAAAUACUUCUGCCUCUUCAAGCCCCAAAAAACCCUGGAAGAGGAGGAAGCAGCCCUGGGGGCGUGCAGUGACCUUGACUCUUCCCUCCACCUGGGCGAAGCUCGAGGGAAAGCUUCCUGUGGCCUCGGGUCCAAGCCCAUCAAGGGGAAAUUGAGCAAGCUGUCCUUGUGGAUGGAACGCCUGUUGGAAGGCUCCUUACAGAGGUUUUAUAUCCCAUCCUGGCCUGAAUUAGACUGACAGGAUUUCACAAAGAGAACCGAACUCUUCCAACUUUUUAACAUGCCCUUGUGAACAGGUAUUUUCAGGACUCCCCACAAACAGAGUAUAGAUUUUAGAUCACUCUUCUAGAACAACAACUAGAAGAAUCUUUCCUUUGGCCGGUCUAACCUAGGAGUACGAAACACCACAAGGUUGAGUUCCUAGAUUAGAAUAUCUCCUUUUAUGCCCCUCCCCCUCAUUUGAAUGCCAUACUAUUUAAAAUACAUGGCCCAUCCCACUUCCUUGGUUGUCCCAGUCACGUGCACUUCCCAUCACAGCCCCCCUGCAGCAGUGCCUAGAUGGGACCUGGAAGCCUGUUGUGCAGGCGGGUCGCUUAACCCGCUCCUCCGCCCUGCCGUGCCUCCACUGAGGUGCAUGCUCCAGCCCUGGGACCGCCCACUGCCACCACCUGCACCUGCUUCCUGAAAGGUUCUCCGUUCCAAGCCGCCUGACACUUACUGGCUUUUCCACUCGUAAAGAACCAACUGUGUAUUUUGGGGGUAUCCUCCUGCGAAAGCUCUUUCAGCCACCGUUUUAAAAGGAGACAGGUGUGGGGUGUGUAUGUGUGAGUCUGGUUUUGUUCUCAAGCAAAGGACAGGGAGGAGGCAGACAGUGAUGGACGGCCUGAGCCCUGGGGUCCCUCUCCAGAAGUCCCAUCCACCAGCGCCGCCGAGGGAGGGGUCUGCCCAGCGAGAAGGACUGGAAUUCCUUGGAGCCAUUUCCCCAUCUGCUUCCCGAUGCCUUUCUGCCUCAGUCGAUGUAGGGUGUGGAUCAUAGGAGCCAUAACUGGUAGUCUUGUGCUCUGAGCGUAGAGAUAAGCUGCUAUCUGUGAGCCAGUAGAUGUUCACCUGAAUUGACUCCCCCGCCAGGGAGCCAGGCCCUCAGGCGCUCCUCCCCCACUGUGUCUCCCUAGUGAGACACAGACAUGUCCGUCUCAAGGAACUUCACGCUGAUCGACAGUUGUCUUUUGGACCUGUCAUCCUCAAAGUGCUGUAUCUCAAGUCCUCUUUUGCGACGAGGGAGCCAAGACUGGUUCUAGACACCUGGUUUGCAAAAGGCCUUCUUGGUUUUUUCUUCCACUUCUGGCUUCUAUUUCUACAGCUCAUCAGAACGGUUCUCAUUCUUACCUGGUGGCUGCUUCCCCAGGAUGGGGGUCAGACUGAUCAGCAGCACCCCACUUGCUGGGCCCCAGUGUCCAACGGACCCCAGGCUGGAGCAGACCAGCUACUCUGAGGGUAGUUUGGUUUGGGGGGUGGUCUUUGGUUUUCUUGCUUGUUUUUUCAUCAGGGUGAAACCACCGUUGGGGUUGGACAGCUUCUGAGAGUGGUCUGUUCAGAUGUCAAAGCCAACUGCCUUUCGUCAAGCGAAGGGCAAGAAUCAGUGACAGGAUGUUUCUUACUACAUUAGUAUUUAUUUAUUUCAACCAUUGCUUUAAACCAUUGGCAUCCUAGCAGAUUUAAAUAUUGAGCUCCAGCAGUUAAGUCGGGUUAUUUCAGGCCAGGAAUAACUCCCAUAGUCUCGCCAUCAACAGCUUUAUUUUAAGAGAAACCACUUCCAGCCUUUUUCCUUCCAUCUGAUCCUAUAACAAUGGCUGACGCCACCGAAGGCCAUGCCCCGGCCCAGUAGGAAGUGGCCAAGGGAUCCAUUGGCUUUCUGGCUGGCCCAGGCCUCAUGGCUGGUCACUCAUAUGAGAAGUAUCUUUGUCUGUGGUAGGUUUUUUUAGUUUGUAAUUUCUGGUACUAAUGAAAUUCCCCAUCGUAAUUUCUGAAAACCCCAAACUCCCCAGACUUGUUCUCUGUGGUUAUUAUGUAAAAUAGUGCCGUCAGACAGCCGCACCGCCCACGUGUGGCCGCCGAAGGAAGGGGUGAGAGGCCUGGAAAGAUCCCAGUCCUGCGGUUCUCCUCAGAGGGUGUGCAGUAGACUUGUCCCCCAAGAGGAUGCUCUUUCCAAGCAUUUGGGGACUCUGGAGCCCUUUUCUUUCCCGUGGGACCAUCUGUUGGCCAACUUCAGCCUCUCCUGAAUGCUGUUUUCCUCAAUUUGAUGACUUUCUUUGUGUCGAAUGUGUGAGCUCCAGCCAGGUGCAGCCAAAGCUACAUUUCUCUUUCUAGUGAAUGUAAUCCUCUCCAGCCCCAUUUUGGUCUCAGUUCACUUCCUCGUCCUGAAAGAUCUCGAAGCUGUCAAUAUUGGUCUGUUGGUGCCGUUCUAAACUGGGUUUGUCGGGUUGAUACAGAUUCCACACAAGAUACAUCCAUCGUGUAGCAGGUAACCAGCCUAGAACAAGUCUUUAUAGAAAUACACUCCCAUAUCAAGACGCUGUUUGUGCAGCUCCAGUGUUGGCGGCACAAUCUGCCAAGCACAGAGGUUGUCAGCUCUAGUCACGCAAGCACCCCAGGAGCGGGGUGCCCCGCCUCCAUCAAGUACUAUGGCCUCGCGGCCACCAUGCACUGACCGUGAAACUAAACGUUGAAUGCUCCCCCCCUCAUCCCCAGCCUAGUCAUAUCCGUCCACUGGUAUAUGCUGUCACCCUAGCUCAUGUACGGUGACCACCGAGUGGGUCCUAAAUGUAAUGCUUCCCCCCCUCAUCCCCAGCCUAGUCAUAUCCGUCCACUGGUAUAUGCUGUCACCCUAGCUCAUGUACGGUGACCACCGAGUGGGUCCUAAAUGUCGACUCAGGAUAGAAACAUGGGAUCUGAAUGUGUUUGCCGAGGUUUGAUUUGUUAGGGAAGAAGCCUUGGAAACAAACACAAAAACCCUUUCCUUCCUUUUUUUUAAAGUAAAACUGUUUAAAAGCUGAUGCAAAAAUCUUACCAGAGAGAAAUGUUACCCGAGCGAGUCCAAAGACCUGACAUUGUCCCACGAAAACUGGCAGCGUGGCAGCUGCUGACUGCUGAGUUUGUCGAGGAGGGUGACUGCCCUUGGGUCUAAAAGAAGGUGAAUAUUUUGCACAUUUGAUACUCUUCGAAACAAAUAACUUAUUUGGCAAAUUGUGUCUUUUUUAUGUUUGUGUUUUGUUUUGUGUUUUUGUAUCGCGAACAGGCACUGAAGCUGAUGUUAUUUUGUUUUAAGAACCUUACAGACUGGAGACAGAAAUAAACUAUUUUGCUGUGUGACGA